GGCCUGCAGGAGCUGCACGACGCCUGCUUGGACUUCAUGGCCGCCCACUACCACCAGGUGCUGCGCAGGCCCGACGCCCGCCCGCACCUCCUGCUGCCCUCGGCGCUGCAGCAGCAGCUGCGGGAGCGGCGCAUGAGGGGCACGGCCACCCUCGUGCUGCUCGGGGACUUCAUGGGCGCCUGUCCGCCGGGGCUGCCCGCCGGCUGCCACCCCGCGGAGGACGCGCCCUGGGCCAUGCUCAGGUACGACGAGGAGGCGCAGCGGUGGCUGCCGCUGGCCAAUAACCUGCCCGCCGAUCUGGUGAGCGUCCGCGGCUACGGCUCGGCCACGCUGGACAAUUACCUGUUCAUCGUCGGCGGCUACCGCAUCACCAGCCAGGAGAUCUCGGCCGCGCACUGCUACAACCCGUGCCUCAACGAGUGGAGCCAGCUGGCCUCGAUGAACCAGAAGAGAUCCAACUUCAAGCUCCUGGCUGUCAGUGGAAAGCUCUAUGCCAUCGGUGGCCAAUCCCUUUCCAAUGUGGAGUGCUACAACCCGGAGAAUGACUGGUGGAAUUUUGUGGCAUCCAUGCCAAACCCUCUUGCAGAAUUCUCAGCUUGUGAAUGCAAGGGCAAGAUCUAUGUUAUUGGAGGAUACACUGCACGAGGCAGGAACAUGAGCAUCCUGCAGUAUUGUCCCACUUCUGAUUCCUGGACCAACUUGGAGCUGUGUGACAUGCACAUCCGCAAGCAGCAGAUGCUGUCUGUGGAGGAGACCAUCUACCUGGUGGGAGGCUGCAUCCUCGACCUUGGACCAAACCAGAGAUCUGGCCCCAGCGAGGACCUGCUAACGGUACAGUCCUACAACACUACCACCAAAGAGUGGCUCUACCUCAAUGAGAACUCAUCCAAAUCUGGCCUUAACUUGACUUGCACUCUCCACAAUGAUGGAGUCUAUAUCUUGAGUAGGAAUAUUGCUCUGUCUUCCAGCUUGGAGCAGCGUCUCUUCCUGAAGUAUAACAUCUUCACAGACAGUUGGGAGUCACUGGGGCGUUUCCCAGCCUUUGGACAAAACAUUCUGAUCUGUUCUAUGUAUUUGCCUGAUGGGCGAGAAGUGUAACACUAUGAGGGUUUUUUUUCAGUUCAUUAAUCGUUCUUUGAUGAGAUAUUUCUCCCUCUGAAUAAUUCCAUUUUCAGAAUGUAAUGUGGUUGCAUAAUGCAGGCAUAAAAUACUGAUUCUGUUCUCUAAAAAGGUUUCAGAAUCCAAUAUGAAGAGAAAUGCUUCCAGAAACAGUUUUAAGAUGUUAAUUUAAACAUUUUACUGGUUUGGAUUAAAAUUUCACCAGGUAUUGUUUGCAAUUUAAACAUAAAAUAAUUGUGUUGGCAACUGAUACAGCAGUUCCGAAAGCAAAACUGAUCAGUCUGGUUUUAUUUUUCGUCCUAAUAGACAGUGUAGAACAAAACAUAUACAUUUUUAAAGUGGAAACAAUUCAAUAAAGUAAAAAAUUAGUAUAAUCAAAAUCACAACAGGAUUUAUUUAUUUUAAAAUACAGGCAAGCAAUGUUCUGUCAAAUGCGCAGUUUCAAAUUGCUUGUGCUGUCCCAUUUUUAUCUCUUCCAUGGCAGCAAGUGAGAUUCUCAAAGGUGCCAGCAAUUGGGGUCCCAUCAAGAAGAACUUCCUCUGGAUCAUUUAUAGUGCAAUGCUUUGCCAGGGACUGGUAGGAAUUGCCUACAGUUGCUAAUUGGAAAGUAGAUGCUCCUUUAAUUGAAGUUGGCAGCAUUUCAAACUACUAUUAAGAUAGAGGUAAAGAGGCUCUUUAUUCAAAGGGUGGAGUUUCCUAAUUGUCAUGAAGGUUUAAGUUUUAGUUACCUUGUUGUGUUCUGUAGUACCUAGAACUGAGUUUUAAAGAUCAAAUUGUAGUUUCGAGCUGCCUGUUGUGAAAAUGUCCUUGAGCAUGGGCAGACGUGAUCCUGCUGCAGGCGCAUCCUGAUUAGUAACACUCCUGUGGGACACACCUGGAAGGCUUGGCUUCUGUAGAUGACUCCCUGAACACCUUCCCCAGAGCAGGGACAUGUGAGUGUUGUCUCUUCCUUGUGUCAUCAGGAGAGGUUGCCUCAGGUUUGCCAGCCACUGUUGUUCGUCUCUGCGAAGGGCACUGUAAGGUGCUCACUGUGAACUUUCCUUUGUGGCGAUUCUAGAUAUCAUUGUGGGGAUACUGCGGGCGCUCCUUCCCAUUUCUGCCUCUUGCCAGAGAGAACUGUGGCCAUGAUUGGCCCCUUUUCUCCUUGUAGCUGACAAAUGCAAAAGCAUCUUGAGGUGCCUGCCCAGGUCUGGAAUGUGUGUCCUCACAACACAGAGAGGAAAAGUUCUUGGUUACUAUGAGAAGAGCCAGGUUAGACAUGUGCUAAACACAUUGUAGGUAUUCUGGUUCUGCUCCAGCUGCUCAUCCACAUGAUGAGAUUUAAAGCACACAUUCCUAAUGUGUGGAGAUACCUUUUUUAUUUCUUCAUCAGAAUUCAGGAAUCUAAAUCUUUUGAAAACAGGGGCCUGUUGUACAGAGGAGGAGGCAGCAGUGGUUCCCUCAAGGUCCUUGUAACUCCUUGCUUUUCCACAGUUUUGAAUAAAACCAUUUCUUACUAAAGGGUUACCAGUCUUAAAGUGCCUUGCCAAUCACUGCUCACACAUUAAUCUUGGUGCUUCCAAUCACCAGUCGUAACGCAAACAGAAAAUCCCAGAAAACUUCUCCAGAAUGAGGACAUUUGUAUUUGAACAUUUUUAGGAUUAAAGAAAAAACAACACAAGGUAUUCUGGAUGUCUAAAAUUUACCUUUUUGGGUGGAACUUUUGCAGCCUGGUGGAGAAUGUCAUGCAUCAGCCCAAAGUGGUGCCUGCCACUCAGCUAUGUUUGACUUCAAUUAGCUAAGUCCAUGUUGAUGUGUUUUUAUUUCCUUUGAAGACAUCGUACAGCUGCUGUAUCAGACCACACAAUUGCUCUUCUGCAAUGGAGCAAGAAGGUGACUUUCAUGAGAUGCUUCCUUCAGAAGUGUUUCAGAAUAAAUAUAAGCAGGGUGCCAUUGUCUGGUGAUAAAUUAUCUUAGUCACAUUAUGCUACUUGCUUUCCUAAAUUUAUUUUCAGUUCCAGAUUCAGUACCCUACAGUCAACUGUGACCAGUACUUGCAUCCAAGUUGCACCAUUCUCUUUCCUAGGAAAUUGACCAAGAAACUGCUGGGUUUGCAGUGGGGUGUAUCAAAUCAUGUGCUUUCAAGCCCAUUCAUUUCUUAGUGCAGUCAUAAUUCCAAAAACUGUGACAUCAUCUUCUUGGUGCAAUUACUCUUUUUCAGAAGAGGCCUUUCCACACUGGGUUUAUCUUGGUUUCAACUUCCAGCAAUCAAGUGACCACCUUGAACACCUGCUCAAAAGCAGAAGACAAAGAUGUGUCUGACUGUAAAUACAGUCAGACCCUCUCGUCAGUUCAUGGUGCAAAUGCCUCCUACACUGACAUUUAACAGUACUGCAGUCACAAAUCAAAACUGGUGUUUAAUUUAGUGGUAGCAUUAAUUAGUAUACAUUACUACAGGCUGAAAUAAAAAUAAAUGGGGAUUUUUAAACAAAAUCAUUUACAGAAAAGUAUGCAGUGUGUGUGACCCAGUACCUCAAGAAAGAAACCAAACACUGUAAUGACUCAUUUUCUUUUUAUCAGUUUUAUAUUUCAUAUUCAUUUUUUAUAUUUUGUGGCAAGGAGAAGUGUCUGAGAGCCACUAACAGAAUAAUUAAAACACUUUUUAGCCAAUGGAAAUGUUCAGUGAUCCAGCGUGCUCUUCUUUCUCUGGUGGUGGGAGGAAAAGGCCCUUCAUUUUAGAAGUAGCCAGAGAGUCCUUGCAGUCUGAUCAGCUGAAAAUUCCUCUCUUGUCCUCAUGUUCUCCUAACUUACCAUGUGGGCUUGGAGAGAUCCUUCCAGCUCCUGGCAUCUGCAUCUCCAAAAAUGACAAGUGAGUGGGAACACAAAGUUGUUGUGGUAUGUAGUGUUUGAAAGAGUUCCUGAGCAUGUGAAGUACAUUUGUCCUCAGUGCUGUAACUGCUUCCUUGGCUAUUCAGAAGUCUUCAGCAAGUGCUAAUGACCUCAGCAACCGCUAAUUACUUCAGCCUCUGCCAAUUACAUGUGUUUUGAACUAAUGGCUAUUUCCAGCCUGUUUCUUUCCUUCUUUUUUUCUAUUUGGUCACCCAACAGUCUUUAGUUCAUCUAAGUUUUCUGGUCUUGGUGUUCCAAAGUCUGUAUCUAAAUUCCAGACUACUGCUUUCUUGCUGUGUCUGGGCUAUCCAGUGUUUUAUAUAUCCGCUAUUUAUCUUCUCUGCCUCAUGGACUUAUUCCCCUUGAUACUGACCAGCAAAAGCUGACUAUGGUAGAGGAUGAUCCUGAGUUGAAAGAAGAAACAGCCCCCAAAGUCCUGAGGGAGGAGUAAAUGGAAAACUCUGGGAACUCGGUCUGUCCUCAUAAAAUGCAGAAGCAUUUAAGAAGGUUGCUCACAUCAAGGCUAAGAGGGAGCAUAAAAGCUUCUUUCUUUACGGGAAUGGUUUGUGGUUUUCAAUGUGAAAUCAGAGUUGUGUGGGACUUAAGUUUAAUCUCUCUGCCUGCUUUCCAUGGGUUUCCCUUUCUGCCCUGCUGGCUGCCCUCUCUUGAUCUUAAUAUUUGUGUUUUACAUUCUUUGAGGAUUUUGCCUUUCUACAGAAGUGUCCAGCCUAUUUUCCUGUUUUAUGGUAGCAGUUUGCUGGUCUUUUCUGUGUGUUGCUCUCCUUCUCACAUUCAUCUGUGUAACAAAGUAGUUUGUCAUUCAGGUGUAACCUUUUCAUCUAGUCAAUUUUGAGCUCUGGGAAGAGAAACCUACAAAGCUACAAAUGUUCUGUUUCCUUUCAUCUUCAUUUCAGUGAGAAAUGAUGCAGGCACUCAGUUUGUGGGAAUUGGUUUGUGUCCAUUAUAAGACAGAACAGAGGGCACGGAGUGGAACAGCAGCAUUCAGCACAUAACAUGCUCAAAGCCCCCCAUGUGCAGAAAGUCCUCCCUGCCACCCCUGUGAGGUAAGAUGCACUCUGUAAAUGGUGUUAAGCCAGACAUCCUUGGAACAGCUGUUGGUGAGACUAGUAAAUUUCUAGGUGUUCAUCAAGAGCCCUCCUCAGAAGGCAGAAGCUGUCCAUGUGCAGUUAUAUUGAUUUUGCACUUAGAGCAGUGACCAAAGGGUGGCUCUCCAGCCCCACAGUAAGGCUUAGGAACCACAGCUGAUGCUCUCAGACAGAAAAUUUAAACCCCUUUACUGCCAUUCUCGGACUGUGAUUUCCAUCUAACCAGCUUUGAGCCUAGUUUAGUGCAACUUCUGGGUUGUUUUUUUUUUUUAUUUCCUGAGAAGGAGAGUGGAAUUUGGUAAAGGAGUCUGGAUUUUGUGAACUGUAGGGAUCAUAUAUUCACAGAUCUAAAAAUUACUCUCCCAAUUAUACAUGCUAUAUGAAUUUUUUUUCUAAGAGCAGUGGCAUUACUAGUAAACACAUGCUCUUAUGUCCUGUAAAUAUCAGUAUUUUUUAAAGUAAGAUUUGGUUUCUUAAUUGCAAUUAGAAGAGUAAACCAUGAAUCAUUGCAAUUCCUGUUCUUUUCUAGUGGGAGGCUGAUUAUACAGGGUCCAUUUUUAGAGUACCAGUUAUAUGAUGUGCUGCACAUCUUCAACCUAUAUAUGCUCCAGGAAGAAAGACAUUCAGCACCUGAGCAAAGAUGUUUCCUGUUUGUUAGUACUUAGACCAUUAUUUAAGAUUGAGCAGUGAACACAAACUCUCCAAAUCAUCCUUCCCUCACUCCAUUUUUCAGUUGAAAUUUAUGAUUAUUUGCUCGGGUCAUUUUCCACUCUCUGAUAUUUUCCAGGUGUAUUAAAGGGUGUGUCUUGUUUAUUAAUACUUUUCAGCAUCUUCCAAAUUACUUACUCUAUUAACUUUUUGGUCUGCUUUUAUUAGUCAUGCUUCGAAAAAUGAUUUUGUAGAAUUUCGAGUACUUUUCUGUACUUAGUAUUGACAGUAUCAGGGAUUUCAACAGUGUAAGGGCAGGGAAAUACUCUUCAAGGGCAUAAUUUCAGCUGUGCAAGGUCUGAAAUGUAAAAAGUGUCAUUACUUCAUUUCCCUUGAAACUUAAUCUAAUUUACAGUUAACUAAUUUUAUUGUGUUAAUUUACUAAUUUCAAGUUUUACAGCAUUCACUGAAAUUAAAACACUUGCAAUUGAGCAGUCUUUUGGGAAGUGGUGUUACAAGGGCUUUGUGUUCAUCGUUGGAUAAUAUUAUUUUUACAAUUUACUUUUUUCUACUGGGGCUGUUAUGAUUGUCUGGUAUCCCAUUGAAUGCCUUUUUAUUUGGCUGCAAGGGAAGUUUUGCCCUCUUUCAGGUAGGGCCUUAAUUUACUAUGAAGACCAGAGCUGUGUCAUUUGAGAAUGUGUAUUUUGAAGUUGUAAAUUAUUGAUUUAUGAUAACUACAAUGAAGCCCAUAAAAAUAUGAUUUUGGUUGGUCGGGGUAGAGAUAAAGCUAGGAAAGAGAUGCUUAGGGACAGCUACUCUCUAACCUCCAGGCAUAUGCAAUUUUUAAGUUCAGAAUCAGGCAGAAACGGUUUUUAAACAACUCCUUUUUCCCUCUGCCCCUCUGCAACUCAGACCUUUUCAGUCACAGUAAUUUGUGGCAAGACAUCUGUGUACUUGCAAGAGAGUGUGGGUAGUGAGGUGGGAAUGUGCUGCUUGUGCAGGUGAUCCCUUAUGAGAACUGCUGCUUGGUGCAUGCCAAGAAACCUUCCUGCAGCUUUCCUGGAGGACACUGAUGACUUUAAUGCCCUGUUACCUGCUAACAUGUGUAUGAUGAUAGGUGAGGCAGGGACAGGAGUCACAGAAGCACUAUUGUGUACCUGAUAAAAAAUGCACAAUAA